AUGGCGUACCUUGUAGGUAGCGCGUGGACGAGGCUGUAUUUGGCUGGCGAUGCGCGCCGCAAGGCAGUCCGCCGGUUGGUCCGCCCGCGACGCGUCGACGGGGAUCUGCCUCAGGGACCGCUGCUGCCACCUGCCCCGCGUGACUGGGAGCCCAGCCCUAUCGGUGACGCGACGCAGCUGGAGGCCGCCAUUGACAGCUGGUACCGCGCGGCUCGCGGCACAUUCACCACUUUGACUGGGGUGCCGGCGCCGUGGUUCCGGCCAUACUUUCGCUGGGAACCAGCUGCUGGGCGACCCGCCUCGCGGCACGCAGGCGCAUCCUCGCUCGCCGUGGCAUGGCGAGAUUGCUCGGCUCGGGCCUUCGAGACCGCUGCCAUCCUCGGCCGGCCGCAGCCUGCCACUCACGACGAGCUCAUCCUCGCUCGCCACUGGUCCCUCGUGCGGGCUGCAGUUCAACGGGCUGCUCGUGCUCCUGGCGAGUCCCCCGACGCCUUCCGCACCUGGGCUGCCGCCUUCGGCCACGCGCAGAUGACGCGCGGGGUCUCCGCCAUGCGGUCACUGGCUGCCAGGGCGGCGCAGCACGCCAAGCGGGUUGAGGAUGCCGUGGCGGCUGCGCGCCUGGCCGCGUACCGCAGCGCUUUGGCGGCGCCUGGCGGGGCCCGCACGGCGCGCACCUCGGCGUUCGCUCCCGGGCGCCUGGCUUUCCAGUAUACCCGGGGCAUUGGCGGCUGGGCCCGCUCACCAGCCGGCGCCCCGCGCUGCGAGCAGGACGUCCCCGAUGCUGACCCCCUGGAGUACGACGACUUUGAUGCCGGCCGCGUCGAGGUCUCGCUGGACGGCCGCGCCCGGGCCGCCGCGGCGCCGCUGUCCGAGCAGGCUGCCCUCGACCACGAGGCUCGCGGCUGGGCUGACCAGUGGGCCGUCGGGGAGGAUUACCGCGAGCCGUACUUUCCUGCGCACCUGCUGGUGGAUCCCCAGCCGCUCACGAUGUGGAGCCUGGGCCAGGCCAUCGCGUCCUUCCCCGUCGGGACGGGCCCCGGGGCUGAUCACUUGGCCCCACGGGCGCUCCAACGCCUCCCUGGUGCAGCACGCCUCCGGCUCUGCCACAUCUUACUCGCAGCGGAGCGCCUCGGCCGCUGGACGGCCGCUUGCAACCUGGUGCUGAUCGUGCUGCUGCCCAAGCCGGACGGCGGCCUGAGGCCCAUUGGCCUUUUUCCGACGCUCAUCCGCAUUUGGAUGCGUGCGAGGGCCACGGUGGCCCGCGCUUGGGAGGCGGCCCAUGCGCUCCCAUCGGUGUUCGGCAGCGCUGGGCGCGGCGCGCAGCGCGCAGCCUGGGCGGCGACCUUCGCUGCCGAGGCCUCGGCGGCUUCGGCGCGCCACCAUGUCGCGUCCUUGCUUGACCUCGUGAAGGCGUUCGAGCGGAUCCCGCGCCACCUCGUGGCCGCGGCCGCCGUGCGGCUGGGUUUCGACCUGGUCGUGCUGCGCCUGUCUCUGGCGUCUUACCGGCUGGCACGGGCCAUCGGCGUCGAGGGCACAUUCUCGUGCUUGCUCGUCGCCACUCGCGGCAUCACGGCCGGCUCGGGGUUCGCCACCGUCGAGCUCCAGAUGUUGCUGCACGAGUCCAUGCUCAUCGCCAUGUUCCGCUGGCCGUUGCUGCAGUUGCUCUUAUACGUUGAUGACUUGACCAUUACCGCGUCCGGCUUUCCCGAGGAGGCCCUUGCAGCGGUGUCUCGUGGCACGGAGUUCUUCGUCGACAUGUUCGAGAAGUGCCUCCAGUUGACGGUCUCGCCGACGAAAUCGUUCGCUGUCGCAUCGAGGCCCCGGCUCGCGGUUCGGCUUUCUCUCAUGUCCAAGCGGCGUCUGUUGGUGCCGAAGCGCAGCGUGAAGAUGCUGGGCACUCCCUACGCCGGCGGCCGCGCGCGGCGGCAGCGCAUCGACGUGACCAAGGUGGUCAAGGCGAUCGGCAGCCCUAGCAUGCUGUACGGCGUGGACAUUGUCGGUGCGUCCAGCACGCACCUGCAUAGCGUCAGGGUCGCCGCUCUCCGCGCGGCCUUGCCGCCGGGCGCAAGCCGGAACGUCGACGUCGGCUUCGCGGUCCUCGGCGCCGGGGGCUCUUGCUUGGACCCCGCCUUCGCUGCGCAUGCCACCCCGCUGCGCCACUGGGGCAUGGCUUACUGGCAGGGUUGGGCACCCGCGGCGGUACUUGAUGCCGUCUUUGAGCUGUCACGGGACCGCCUUGCGAACGUUCUUGCCAGCGGCCGGUCGCCGUGGUCUGCCGUGGCUGGCCCUGUGGCGGGCGUCAUCGCAACGGCUUGGCGCCUCGGUUGGACGUGCACCUCCCCGCGGCGCUUCACCGACGACAUCGGCGAGCCGGUCGACUUCCUCCUCCUGUCCCCCGCGAUGGUGGCGGCUGCCGUGCACAGAUUAGUCGACCGAUGGCGCGCGCAGCGGGUGAUUUCGGCAUUCCCCGCGCUGGUCGCGGGCGAGCCGGACAUGCCCCUUGGCCAGGGCGCCGGCGCCGUCACCAUUCUCGUCGGCCGCCCUCUCGGCGCCCUCCUCGAGGGCCGCGGGCGACCGCGCAGCACGGUGCCGCAAUGGUCGGGGCCAUGUCGCUCUCAGCUCCUGUCCGCCGCCACAGGGGGCCAAUGGCCCCAGGUCCGCAUUGCCAAGCUGCGGAACGCUGAUGCCGCUGCCGGCAAGGCUUGCCAGCUCUGUGGCGUCACGCCCGGCACCCUUAUGCAUCGUCGGGUUUGCGAGGCCUCGCUCCCUCCGGAUGGGUGGCCAGAGCCGCCGGAGGCAUGCCGGCGCUUGCUCUCCGUGCUCCCAGAGGCCCGGCUGACGUUCCUUCGCACUCGUGGGCUUCUCGCACUUCGGCUGCCACGCCCUGUGCCGCAGGAGGAGGCGGCCGUCCGCUGGUUCACGGACCCUCCGGACGCCACUCGCGCCGACUUGUGCUGGUACACGGAUGGCUCCAUGAAGUUUGGGCCUGUUUGGGAGCUCCGGCGCACUGGAUGCGCACUCGUGGUCGUGUCCGAGAACGGGGACCUCGCGGCGUACGGCUGCGCCGUGCCUCCGCCCUGGAUCCGCACGGCGGCGGCGGCAGAGCUCUGGGCAGUCAUGCUCGUGCUUACCAUUACCCUCAGGCCGCCGACCAUUCGCACCGACUGCCGGGCGCUCCUCGCGGCGGCUGCUGCUGGAACGGCGCGGGCCACACAACCCACACGGAUGCUUGCGCAGGUGUGGUCUCGAGUGUCCACCCUCGUCGACGGUGACAUCUCGGAAUUGGUCUCUGCAGGCAAACUUACGUGGAUGCCUGCUCAUGGCAACCAGACCGUCAUUGGCACGGCCAUGAGGUCUGACGAGCACGUUGUCACGGCGAUUGACUGGAGAGCAAAUCGCCUGGCAGAUGUCCUUGCCAAGGCUGCUGCCGGCGGCCCGCCGCCCUGCGGCCCAGCUUCGGCGCGGUUUGCCAUCGCAGAAAGGCUCGUCGCGCACGAGGCCGCUGUGUUGGGGGCCGUCACAUACGCUGCAAAUCACCGCGAGCGCAUCCUGUGCGGACCCGGAGGCGCCCUCAAGCGGGUCACGGUGCGCGAUUCCGCUGCCGUGCGGCGGCCGCGGGCCCGGCCUCGCGCUGCUGCCGCCCCAGCGCCGCCGGUGGCACUGGCGCAGCCGCCGGCGCUGGUCGGGCACGAGCUGGCCGGCCUGCGCGCGGCUCACGCGCCCGCGGCCUGGCCCCGCGCUGCGCUGGGGGCCCGGGGCAAAGUGCGCGCCGCCGCGGCGCGCGCGGCGUCCGCCGGCCGCGCUGCUGCGGACGCGGCUGCCGCCCAGGCCAUCUGCGCGGCGCGGGCCGCUGCCCUGCGGCCGUCGUCGGCACCGCCGGCUGCCGAGCGGCUGGCCGCGCUCCGGGCGAGGGUCCUUGCUCGCGUAG